GCCACCAACCUGGGGCUGUCCGUGGAGGGCGAGUGCUGGUUCCGGGGCGAGGCGACGCCCUUCGGGGCCAACGGGCCGCAUGCAGAUGUGGCCGUGGGAACGACUCACCCGUUUUCCAGCUCUGGGGCGGGGCUGGGGUCGGGGUCGGCGCCCAUGGGGGCCCAACCUCCGUCUCCCGGCCUACCCCCAUCGUGGACCGCGAUGAUGGCGGCCCUGUACCCGAGCACGGACCUCUCGGGCGUCUCCUCCUCCUCUCUGCCUUCCUCCCCAUCCUCCUCGUCGCCCAACGAAGUGAUGGCGCUGAAGGAUGUGCGGGAGGUGAAGGAGGAGAACACCCUGAAUGAGAAGCUUUUCUUGCUGGCCUGCGACAAGGGUGACUAUUAUAUGGUUAAAAAGAUUUUGGAGGAAAACAGUUCAGGUGACUUGAACAUAAAUUGCGUAGAUGUGCUUGGGAGAAAUGCUGUUACCAUAACUAUUGAGAACGAGAGCUUGGAUAUACUGCAGCUACUUUUGGACUACGGCUGUCAGUCCGCAGAUGCACUUUUGGUGGCCAUCGACUCUGAAGUAGUGGGAGCUGUCGAUAUACUACUUAAUCAUCGACCAAAACGAUCACCAAGACCAACUAUAGUAAAACUUAUGGAACGAAUUCAGAAUCCUGAAUAUUCAACAACGAUGGAUGUUGCCCCUGUCAUUUUAGCUGCUCAUCGUAACAACUAUGAAAUCCUUACCAUGCUUUUAAAACAGGACGUGUCUUUGCCCAAGCCCCAUGCAGUUGGCUGUGAAUGCACACUGUGUUCUGCAAAAAACAAAAAGGACAGCCUCAGACAUUCCAGGUUUCGUCUUGAUAUCUAUAGAUGUCUGGCCAGCCCAGCUCUAAUAAUGUUAACAGAGGAGGAUCCAAUCCUGAGAGCAUUUGAACUUAGUGCUGACUUAAAAGAACUCAGCCUUGUGGAGGUGGAAUUCAGGAAUGAUUAUGAAGAGCUAGCCCGUCAGUGCAAAAUGUUUGCUAAAGAUUUGCUUGCACAAGCCCGGAAUUCACGUGAACUGGAAGUUAUCCUAAACCAUACAUCUAGUGAUGAGCCUCUUGACAAACGGGGACUACUAGAAGAAAGAAUGAAUUUAAGUCGUCUAAAACUUGCUAUCAAAUAUAACCAAAAGGAGUUUGUCUCCCAGUCAAAUUGCCAGCAGUUCCUGAACACCGUUUGGUUUGGACAGAUGUCAGGUUACCGCCGUAAGCCCACCUGUAAGAAGAUAAUGACUGUUUUGACAGUUGGCAUCUUCUGGCCAGUUUUGUCUCUAUGUUAUUUGAUAGCUCCCAAAUCUCAAUUUGGCAGAAUCAUUCACACACCUUUUAUGAAAUUUAUUAUUCAUGGAGCAUCAUAUUUUACAUUCUUGCUGUUAUUAAAUCUGUACUCACUUGUCUACAAUGAAGACAAGAAAAAUACAAUGGGGCCAGCCCUUGAGAGAAUAGACUACCUUCUCAUACUGUGGAUUAUUGGGAUGAUCUGGUCGGACAUUAAGAGACUCUGGUAUGAAGGGCUAGAAGACUUUUUAGAAGAGUCGCGUAAUCAGCUCAGCUUUGUCAUGAAUUCCCUCUACUUGGCAACCUUUGCCCUCAAAGUGGUGGCUCACAAUAAGUUUCAUGACUUUGCUGACCGGAAAGACUGGGAUGCAUUCCACCCUACACUUGUAGCAGAAGGGCUUUUUGCAUUUGCAAACGUUUUGAGUUACCUUCGGCUCUUUUUUAUGUAUACAACCAGCUCGAUUUUGGGUCCACUGCAGAUUUCUAUGGGACAGAUGUUACAAGAUUUUGGGAAAUUUCUGGGGAUGUUCCUUCUUGUUCUGUUUUCCUUCACAAUUGGACUGACACAACUCUACGACAAGGGGUACACUCCCAAAGAGCAGAAGGACUGUGUCGGCAUCUUCUGUGAACAACAAAGCAAUGACACCUUUCACUCGUUCAUUGGCACCUGCUUUGCUUUGUUCUGGUACAUUUUCUCCUUAGCACAUGUGGCCAUCUUUGUCACGAGGUUUAGCUAUGGAGAAGAACUGCAGUCUUUUGUUGGAGCUGUGAUUGUUGGAACUUACAACGUCGUGGUUGUGAUUGUGCUUACGAAGCUGCUGGUAGCCAUGCUUCAUAAGAGCUUUCAGUUGAUAGCAAAUCAUGAGGAUAAAGAAUGGAAGUUUGCUCGAGCAAAGCUAUGGCUUAGCUACUUUGAUGACAAAUGUACAUUGCCCCCACCUUUCAACAUUAUUCCUUCACCAAAGACUAUCUGCUAUAUGAUCAGUAGCCUCAGUAAGUGGGUUUGCUCUCACACAUCGAAAGGCAAGGUCAAGCGGCAAAACAGCUUAAAGGAGUGGAGAAACUUGAAGCAAAAGAGAGAUGAGAACUACCAGAAAGUGAUGUGCUGCCUAGUGCACCGUUACCUGACAUCUAUGCGGCAGAAGAUGCAGAGCACAGACCAGGCCACUGUGGAGAACCUCAAUGAACUGCGCCAAGAUCUGUCAAAAUUCCGGAAUGAAAUAAGAGAUUUGCUUGGCUUUCGGACUUCUAAAUAUGCUAUGUUUUAUCCAAGAAAUUAAUCAUUUUCUAAAUCUUGUAGAAAUAAUUUUCAAUAACAAAUCUGAAAUACUAUUUGCAUACCUUACAACUAAAGUAAUAAGAUAUAUAUAGACAUAAACAAUUACACAAAAGCCAUUCUUUAAAUAUUUAUAGCAUAAAUAUAUGUCAUGUAAAAUAUGUAUAUAGAGUUAGUUUUUUAAAACCUGUCUGUGGCUUUUUGUAGAAGCAAAACACAGUAAGUAAAUGGUUUUGUUAGCAUGCUAUUGGGUUUUCUUAGUUUGUCAGUGCUUAAAAUUUGUAAUGUUUGAGGGGCAGCUAUCAGUGUACACAUUGCCCACUCCCUUUUAUAAAAUGAAAAUCAGCAAAUGCAGCUACCUUAAGAGACACUUGAAAUGUAAAGUUCACGAUGUUUAAAAUGUCCUGUUUUAGGAGUUCACACAGAGUUCAGUAUUUAUUGUUUAAGAGUUUAGUUUUGUCUAAAAUGUCACAUUUUUUCUUUUGCUAUAAUCUUAAGCAACAAAGAAAAGUCUCUAAUGAAUAUCUGAAUUUAAGUCGGGCAUGGUGGCACACACCUUUAAUCCCAGCACUUGGGAAGCAGAAACUGGCAGAUCUUGGAGUUCAAGGAUAGCCUGGUCUACAGAGUAGGUUCUAG